AUGGGGGUCAACCAGACUUCUGUCACUGAGUUCCUCCUGGUGGGAUUACCGCUCAGCCCAAGGAUGAAGGUCAUCCUGUUUGGGCUCUUCUCCCUGUUGUUUGCCUUCACCCUGCUGGGCAAUGGGGUCAUCCUGGGGCUCAUCUCACUGGACUCCAAACUGCACACCCCCAUGUACUUCUUCCUCUCCCAGCUGGCCACUGUUGAUAUAGCCUAUGCCUGCAACACAGUGCCCCAGAUGCUGGUCAACCUCCUGAGCCCAGCCCAGCCCAUCUCCUUUGCUGGCUGCAUGACACAGACCUUUCUCUUUUUGAUUUUUGCUCACACUGAAUGUCUUCUCCUGAUGGUGAUGUCCUAUGAUCGGUACGUGGCCAUCUGCCUGCCUCUUCGGUAUUCUACCAUCAUGAGCUGGAGAGUCUGCAUUACCCUGGCAAUGGCUUCCUGGACUUUAGGGUUCCUCCUGUCCCUAGUAGAUAUGUUAGUACUCUUACCAUUGCCCUUCUGUGGUCCCCAUAAAGUGAGUCACUUUUUCUGUGAAAUUAUAGCCAUUCUCAAACUUGCCUGUGCAGAUACGCACUUGACCAAACUUGUGGUUUUGGCUGUGGCAACGUUGGUGCUGGUGGGACCAUUCUCUGCAAUUGUGGUCUCCUAUGGUCACAUUGUGUGGGCAGCCCUGAAGAUCCAGUCAGCAGAGGGGCGCCGGAAAGCUUUCUCCACCUGCUCCUCCCACCUCUGUGUGGUGGGGCUCUUUUAUGGCACAGCCAUUAUCAUAUAUGUUAGACCCCAACAUGGGGACCCCGAGGAGCAAAAGAAAUACCUCCCCCUGUUUCACAGCCUUUUCAAUCCUAUGCUGAAUCCCCUGAUCUACAGUCUGAGGAAUAGAGAAGUCAAGGCUGCUCUGAGAAGGAGGCUGGACAAGGAGAGACCUUCGUGAGAGCCUCACUGAGAAAAAGUAACUGAGCUUAUGGGGACCUGAGAAGUCACAUCACCCAAUAUGUACACAGAUUACAGAGACGUGCUCUAGGCCUAGGGCAUCCUUUGCAUAUUGUCGAACUGCUUCUGUUACUACCUGCAGAGAAAGCCCAUUCUGGUGCAUUCCCCCGAGGAUGCUGCACAAGAAAAUGAGCCCUUCUUCUAGCUCUCUGUGUGGUGUGCUCACUUGUAACAUGGUCAUGAGGGAUAAUGUGAAUAGAGGAAGUCAAUUUAUAUAUUCCAUAAUCAGGACUUGUAGACAAAAUUUUAUUUUAGAAAACAAGGUAUUGGCAGAUUAUUUAAAAUAUAGAAAUUGAGACUGAUUACAUAGCAAUUAUUUGAAAUACUUUAAAUUUAACAACUGUCAUCUUCAAAGAAUGGGUCUGCAUUUAAAAUACUUGGUCAUUUUCCUG